UUUGUUAAAAUACUCAAUACAUUAACAAUAUUUUUGUUAAGUUUUUUUUCAUUUGACGUUUGUUUUGAAGACCCGAUGUUUGUGUCCACUGAUUACAUGUUUGCCGUAACUCAAGAUAAUCACCACAAUGUUGGAUGAAUUAGACGAAAACGAUUUACCUGUAAGUGAACAGCUGUUUGGUCUUCAGUUGACUUUAGAGAGACAACUAUCUGAAGACAUUACUGAUGUCCGCAAAAGAGAUUUGAUUUAUGAAUAUUUUGACAAAAUAUUAGCCGAAAAGGUUAAUAUCAUCGAUGACUUUGGUAUCGACAUGGAUUGGCUGAACGUUGAGAUGAGUCUAUCUCUUCAUCGACACCUCAAUGGUCUGAUAGUAAUAAUGGAUUUCUUCACUUAUUGUUGUAUCAAUUGUUUGCAUAUAUUGCCAAAACUGACACAAAUUGAACGUCACUUUCACUCGGAACCAGUUGUGGUGAUUGGCGUACAUUCGCCCAAAUUUGAUAACGAAAAGGACACUACAAAUGUGAUGGAAGCGAUCGUUAGAUAUCAUAUCGAUCAUCCCGUAGUCAAUGACCCGAUCGCCCACUUAUGGUCAGAACUGGGUGUUCAAUGUUGGCCAACAGUUCUCAUAUUAGGUCCAAACUUGCAGUUAUUAUUCACAUUAAUAGGCGAAACUGGUGUCAACCAAUGGAUCCAAUUGUAUACCGAAAAUGCGGUAAAAUAUUUUGAUCAUAAAAAUCUGUUAAUCAAAGAAAACAAAUAUAAAAUUCCAACAAAACUUUUGAGGAAUACAUUUAAUAAACAUAUAUUGGGUUUCCCGUCGAAAGUUAGUUUGUCGCCCAACGGUCACCUGUUGGCCAUUUCUAAUGCAAGAUAUCAUAAUAUAAUUAUUACCACCACUUCUGGAUUAAUUAGACAUAAAAUCGGUGGAAAUGUUUCGGGAUUUAGAAACGGAUCCUUUGGUGAAGCUUUGUUUAAUGAACCGAAUGGUGUGACGUGGAGUGACAAUAAUACUGUGUUUGUGGCCGAUACUGAAAACCAUGCGAUCCGUGUGAUUGAUCUCAUGAAACGAUUUGUUUCCACUUUAGCCGGAAAUGGCCGACAAUCUGAUGAUAUAAUUGGAGGAAAGAUAAGCUGUGAACAGGGGUUAAACUCUCCGUGGGAUAUAUGCUAUGACGAUAGCACUACCGGUAGUUGUUUGUUUAUAGCGAUGGCCGGCUCUCAUCAGAUAUGGGUGUUAGCUCUCGAGGACAACACGAAGAUAUUAGACAAAUUGUAUCCAAAGGGCAUGUGUUUGAAUUUUGCCGGAGACGGUAGUGAACAAAAUCGUAACAAUCGGUUUCGACAUAAAUCCAGUUUUGCACAGCCCUCGGGUCUAGCAUUUGAUCGCAAAAACAAAUAUCUUUAUGUUGCCGAUAGUGAGAGUUCAUCCAUCAGAUGUGUCGAUAUAACGACCGGUUGUGUGACUGGUGUUGUUGGCGGCGAUAAGAAUCCGCAGAAUUUGUUUGCUUUUGGCGAUUGUGACGGAAAGGGGACGGACUGUCGUUUGCAACACUGUUUGGGCAUUGCUUUUGAUGCAAACACUAACUUAUUAUUUAUUGCCGACAGCUAUAAUCAUAAGAUCAAGAAAAUUGAUUUAUUAACCAAACAAUGUAUAACUAUUGCUGGCAAUGGAAUCAAAGGAAAUACUAGUAAUUGUAAACUCAGUGAAUGUACUUUCAAUGAACCAAACGAUGAAGACCUGUUUGUCUUAUCGCAUAAAAGUAUCAACAAUUUACAGCAAUUGAAUGAUUUUACAUUAACCGUCAAAGACAUUGAUGAAAAACAAUUUAGUAAUAAAACUUAUGUUUUCAAAGUUUUAGUGAAACUUAAUUUAGUGAUCACUUCAUGCGGAGUGUUGUUUCAGAGAACAAUGAAAGCAUUAUAA